AUGGCGAAGGAGACUGCACCAGCAGGUGCUGCACGCGGAGGGCCGAGCCAAUCCUUCCCUCGAGGUGGCGGUCAGGGACAACUGGUUGGACGAGGGCUACGAUAUGGAGGGAGAGAUGACUAUGGAGGACGAGGUCAUCUGCAUAAUGGAGGCCGCGGCCGCCGCGGAGGGAGACGUGGUCGUGGCUAUGGCGGCUACAACUACGACUACGACGGCCGAAACUACAACUAUGAAGGGUAUCGCAAUGGUGGCGCUGACUACCAAGGUUUUCAUGGAAACGGCGACGGCUCUUCCAAGGUUCCUACGGCUCCUCCCACCAUGGGCGGGGUACUAGCAGGGGCUAUGGAGGCCGCGGCCAGCCACAUGGAAGAAGGGGCCAUGGACAGCACAUGA